UUUGUCAAAAAGGGAGACGAUACAUUUUUUCAUCGAAAACUUUUAAGUCAUAAGGUAAAUGAGUCAUUUCUUUUUUAUAGUCGACUUGGACACUUAAUCACUUACACUUUCUUGUGUAGGAAAAUUGAGUGUACUCUGGUUAAAAACCCAACAGGUUCAACUGGUGCUGUCUCUCUUAAACUCUUUGCAAGUAGUUGUCAUAUGAAAAACUUGCUUUCUCUCGUUCACCACUCUCUACGACACAAAUCACCAUACCAUCUCGAACACAUUAAACCAUUCUCAUUCACAACCAAUAAACCAAAAUGGAACUCACCAACAAACGUAAUUAUCACAAACCCAACCCUCUUGAUAAUGGAAUCAUGUUCCACAAUGCGUCAACUCAAACAAAUUCAAGCACGCAUGACUCUCACCGGCAUCAUCACCCACGCGUUUCCCGUCAGCAGAGUAAUCGCGUUCUGUGCACUUGCCCAUUCCGGUGACCUUCAUUACGCACACACAAUUUUCAAUCGCGUUGAACAACCCAACACGUUCAUGUGGAACACUAUGAUAAGGGGAUAUCAAAAUGCUCGAAAACCCAUUUUUGCAUUCUCUUUCUUUGUCUAUAUGUUUCAAUUACGCGUUGAAAUGGAUUCUAGAAGCUUUGUUUUCGCGCUGAAGGCUUGUCAGCAGUUUGAGACGGUUUUUGAGGGAGAAUCCGUGUAUUGUGUUGUUUGGAAAAUGGGAUUUGAUUGUGAGUUGCUUGUGAGGAAUGGGUUGAUUCAUUUUUAUGCUGAACGUGGGUUGUUGAAAAAUGCGCGUCAAGUGUUUGAUGAAAGUUCUGAUAAGGAUGUUGUUACUUGGACUACUAUGAUUGAUGGGUAUGCGGCACAUGACUGUUCCGAGGAGGCUAUGGAGGUUUUUGAAUUGAUGUUGUUAAGUCAUGUUGAGCCGAAUGAGGUGACUUUGAUUGCGGUGGUUUCAGCUUGUUCUGACAUGGGUAACCUUGAAAUGGGGAAGAGAGUUCAUGAAAAAGUGGAAGAGAAGAAUAUGAGGUGUAGUUUGAGUUUGCAUAACGCGUUGUUGGAUAUGUAUGUGAAAUGUGAUUGUUUGGUUGAUGCUAGAGAGCUUUUUGAUAGAAUGGCAACCAAGGAUGUUUACUCGUGGACUAGUAUGGUUAAUGGGUAUGCUAAAUGUGGUGACUUGGAAUCUGCUAGGAGGUUUUUUGAUCAAACUCCUCGGAAAAAUGCGGUCUGUUGGAGUGCAAUGAUUGCAGGAUAUUCUCAGAAUAACAAACCUAAGGAAUCAUUGAAAUUGUUUCAUGAAAUGAUGGAGCGAGGUGUGGUUCCGAUUGAGCAUACCUUAGUGAGUGUACUCUCUGCUUGUGGCCAGCUAACUUGCUUGAACUUGGGCGAUUGGAUUCACCAAUAUUUUGUUGUUGGGAAAAUAAUUCCCCUUAGUGUUACUCUUGAAAAUGCGAUUGUAGAUAUGUAUGCCAAAUGUGGAAGCAUAGAUGCAGCAACAGAAGUUUUCAGUACAAUGCCAGAGAGAAAUCUAAUUUCUUGGAAUACUAUGAUUGCAGGGUAUGCGGCUAAUGGUAGAGCAAAGCAAGCCAUCAAUGUAUUUGAUCAGAUGAGAAAUAUGGGAUUUGAGCCAAACAAUAUCACAUUUGUGAGUUUGUUGACAGCUUGCAGCCACGGUGGUUUGAUUUCCGAAGGUCGAGAAUAUUUUGACAACAUGGAGAGAAAGUAUGGGAUAAAACCCGAAAGGGGACAUUAUGCAUGCAUGGUUGAUCUAUUAGGUCGAACUGGACUCCUCGAAGAAGCUUACAAGUUAAUAGCAAACAUGCCAAUGCAGCCUUGUGAGGCUGCUUGGGGUGCCCUUCUAAAUGCUUGUAGAAUGCAUGGCAAUGUUGAGCUUGCCAGAUUGUCGGCACAUAAUCUUCUAAGAUUGGACCCAGAAGACAGUGGAAUAUAUGUGCUGCUGGCAAAUACUUGUGCUAAUGAUAGAAAAUGGAGUGAUGUAAGGAGGGUGAGAAGUUUGAUGAAAGACAAGGGUGUGAAGAAGAUUCCUGGUUAUAGCUUAAUAGAGAUAGAUGGCGGGUUUGUAGAAUUUUUGGUGGCCGAUGAAUCACACCCUCAAUCUGAGGAGAUCUAUAAAGUACUAGAGGAAAUACUUUUGUUGUCAAAAUUGGAAGACUAUAGUUAUGACUUGUAAACUUUAUCUUGCUAGAACCUGAGGCUAUUAUUUAUUGGUGACUUUUCUAGUUGGAAUGCGAUAAUCUUUCUUCGAAAAAGCUUACUUGGGUUUCUGGUGGUUGUAAAUUAAUCAUCUUUGGCCGGAGCAAGAGGUUACUUGGGUUUAUUUGCGGGGUGCAAGGUCUAUUUGCUUCAAGUGUUAACAGUUACAUGGGUUUGAACGCUUGGCCCUUGACAUUAUAAAGGUUUGUCAAUCCUUGAGUUCAAAGUUGCUGCAUAAGCUACUGAUUAUAAAUCUCCUAAUCUGUGAGAGGAACAAUCAUUUUCAGUGAGUCUGACCAUUGAGCCAUGUACAUUUAUACUAACGCUGCUAAACCAUUUUUGGUUGAAACAACAACAACAAAAUCUACUAGAUAAUACAUUUGGGGAAUAUAGGUUGCAACAGUAAGUAGCAACACAAUUAGGGGUGCUCAUUUUAACCGAUGAAGCUGUUUAUCUGUACCCAUAUCCAAAUCCAGUUAUAAAAAACCUGACAAAUUUUUGUAAUUGAACAGCCUUAUAACUUGGACUUUGUUGAUGCCUGUAUCCAAUAUGUUGGCUGCCCAUAUCCAAGACAUAAACAAGAUUUCUUCUGUCCAACAAUAUGUUUUGGUGAAUUUCCUUAUUGACACAUUACCAACAGUUCCUGAAUGAAGCAUAGUUCUGAUUUUGCUUGUUUGUCCACUUGCACAUGUCAGAAGAUCGUUAGAUCAUUGUAAUUAGGAGCGGUUAGCACAUCAGCCGUUGAUCAAAUCUCACUCCUUGAAAAUUGACACACGCGCAUAGGGAAACAAAACCUCUUCUUCUCCAUUAUUUGUUCAAUACUGAUGCAAACUCUACAGAGCCCCAUGCUUCCCUCUUCUUCUCCCUCUGUCACAUUUUGAUUAAACAUCUUCAAUCGCCGGCUGAAAACAAUUCUGUUGAGGAGCUGUUACCGUUUGAACAUGAGGUUGAGAAAGGGAGCGCUUUCGCACUUGGACUUCUUGAUGUUAAGAUUCUAAUUGUUAUCAUCCUCUCUCAACGCCAUCGUCAUCGUCGACUAUACUGCCACCGUUUGCGACGAAGGCUUCAUCGGUUUUCACCUCUGCGAAAAACUCAUGUCCGAUAUGAAGGUCUCAAUAUCAAAACGAUCCGCAACUUGAAGGUCUCCUCAAGAUGACAGAUCUGCAAAAUCGUGGGUGUCUGAUGAACAAGGCUUCUGCAAUAUGACAGCACCUGCAACUAAUGUUAAGCUUGUGUGGUUCUUGGUUCUGGCUAAGCUUCAAAAUCCCAACCUAUCGUCGAUGCAUAGGCGUAUGUGGCUCUUCCCUUGCAGCUUACAUGGUUUCUGCAAAUGAAGAAGAAACCAUGGUAAAACAAAGGAGAGGAGACAAAUCGAAUGAAAAUAGGCAAAUAAAUGCAGAGAAUAACAUUACAAUGUUGUCAUAAUAGAUAAUAACAUAAGGUUGAUUUUUGACAUACCUUUCUGGUCGCAAUUUACGCCACAUCUAUUUGACUGAGGUUGAUAAUAGCUGAACUUUAAGCAGCUAUUUGACUGCACUCUCUUUGAGCAAACAAUGGUUACAUGCCUCAGAUUUAAGAGGUGUUUUUGUUCUUGGUUUUUGCUGCAGUCGGCACUGCUAUUGUCAAUUGUUUAGAAGGAAAGAAAAAAAACUAUUUGAAUGUCAAUUUAUGGCUUCAAGCAUCCCUUUGCUUUACACAGUUUUAUUCAUCAUAUGUUAUUUGAAUGUGAUGUUGGAUUGCGGAGGAAUAUUGUCUAAGAGGAGCAUUAUUUUACUGUAAAUUUUGUCAUCAAUAAGGUAUUUUUGUUCUAUUUCAACUCGAUUUCAAAAAAUAAAAACAUGAUUUUACUAUAUCAGUGUAUAUCAGAAACUAUAUUGGUCUUUAAUAUUGGUCUUUACUAUCUUAGCCAUACAUGAAGAAAAUAAAAGAUUGUUUGCUGCUUACUUUUGAUAUUGUGGAUUGACAUAUGUGAAUUGAUUAAUGUAACUGAAAUCUUUUGAUGAUUUGCAGCUAGAUUGAGUCAAAUGAAGUUAAAAGCAUGGCAGGCACAAAACAUACCAUAUCAUACUAGAGAAUUUGUUGGAAUGGUUUCUUAUGCUCUCUUGGUUCUUAUUUCCUUUUUUUAGGGCUCUUGCAUAACUACUGUAUUUCCUUUAGUCUCUUUAUAAUGUUCAUAUUAAUGUUAUGUAGUCUCAAAACUACAAGCAGUCCUUACAAAAGUCAGUUUUGAACCUUAGUGGAUUAGUUGUUGCAAGUAGCAUAUCAUGGAAGCAAAUCAAUGCAUAGUAUUAGUAAAUGGUCAUUGAAGGACUACUUGCUGAUGUCAAGAGUAUGCUUAUUUUGUGAAUUUAAGUUUGGAACUAUUUAUUGAUUGUAAUUUUUAUAAUGGAAGUCUACUGAGUUUUGGACACUUAAAUGUCAAUUUAAUUUUAUACAGUUUUUUGGUGA